AUGGAGACGUGGAAGGAGAUAGCGAGCGGUCAGCUGCCGAUACCAGGGUCGCUGAAUCCAACAACUAGCCGCGGUCAAGGAGAAGGAACCACAGCAUUCGGGUCGUUGGACCAGUCCGUACUGCCACCACUGUGUACCGUGGCCGAAGUAGAUGAGGUGAUUGCGGAGUUGGAGACGCUUUUCCAGUCGACCCGUCCGCCAUUACCGACCCGCAAGAGGAGGAAAGUGCAAAAUGUACCAUGGUGGAGUCAGGAGAUAGCGAGUCUCUGUCUCCAAGCGAAGCGCUUCCGCCACCGUUGGCAGAAGGUGGCUCGCCGAGACCCGACAGCAGCACGCCAGCAGGCACACCCGUAUCGCGUGGAGAUGCUGGAGAGCCGAAGAGCCUUGUCCUUGGCGUUGCGUCGUGCCAAGGAAGCAUCAUGGGGUGAGAUGGUCUCGACUAUCGAGGAGGAUCCGUGGGGGAAGCCCUACAAGGCUGUCAUGAACCGCCUGAAGGGGAAGAUGCCCCUGAUUCGUCUCAACCGAGAGGAGUUUCACACGACGGUGUCCACGUUGUUCGUGGUGGAGCAGGAGCAGCAAGAAGAGGCUGCAGUCCCAAGGGGUAGUGCGACAGAAGAGGGGGAGGGAGAAGAAGCAAGGGGAAUAGAAGCAGCCCGAGCAUCAUUGAUCUGGCCUUGUCAGGAGGGAGCGUCAACAUCGUCAGCAUUCGAUGGGCGCGAUAUCGUAGGAGCAGCCGCUGGGUCAAACGCCGCUCCCAGUAACACCAGGGAGAGAUGUCAGAACCCAGGAGGGGGUACCUCGCGCCAGGGGGAUGUGUUCGUGAACGAGGAUGUGAGGUACGCCAUGGGAAUGCUAAAGAAGGGGAAAGCUCCAGGUCCGGAUGAGAUCCCGGGCGAAGCUGUGCACGUUCUACGUAACACAGCAUCCGGUUGGGUUUGUGCCCUUUUCAAUUCUUGCCUCAGACUUGGAUACUUUCCAAAGGCUUGGAAGGUGGGGCGCCUUGCUCUAAUACCGAAGGCCGGGAAAGCCUGUAACUCCCUGUCAGAUCUUCGACCAUUAUGCAUGCUGUCGGACCUGGGGAAGUGUUUCGAGUAUGCUUUACGUGUGUUAAUGCUGGAAGCAAUUCGUCUAUCAGGAGGACUAUCAGUGCGUCAAUUUGGAUUUAUGGAGGGCAGAUCAACUCAUCAGGCAAUGAAGGUGGUUAUGUCGGAGUGGGAUCGUGCACGUAGAGGACGAAAUCACUGCCUACUAAUCACCUUGGACGUGAAGAAUGCAUUCAAUACAGUGCGUUGGGACCGUAUCCUGACUGCAGCUGAGCACCGUGGGUUUCCGACGGUAAUAAUGAACAUGUUGCGUAGUUAUUUAAGCGAGCGAAGAGUGGGCACGCGGACGCCAAGCGGAGAGUGGGUGGAGGCGGCUGUGUUUGGCGGAGUGCCGCAGGGAUCGGUGUUGGGCCCAUUAUUGUGGAACUUGUCGUACGACGGGUUGCUGGAAGUGUUUGUUGCCACCGGGUGUGACGACCGUGGGAUUUGCGGAUGA